AUGUUGAAGUCGUGGCUCGCCGCUGUCGUCUUCACGGCCCUGGGGCUCUCGACUCAGUCCGUUGUCUCUGCGGACGAAUGGGACGCGCGCGCCGACGCCAUUAUCGGCCAGAUGACCCAGAUCGACGUGUCCGAGGUCAUGACGGAGGACGCCUGGGAAGUGGACGAAGACAAGGUGCGCGAGUUCGCCAAGAUGCGCGUGGGCUCGUACCUGACCAGCCCGCUGAACAAUGGCGGCGUGAACGGCACGUACAUGUGGACAACCGAGAAGUGGCGCGAGGUCGUGACUAAGAUCCAGGACAUCACCAUGGAGGAGAACGGAGGCCACCCGAUGGUCUACGGCGUCGACUCGGUGCACGGCGCCAUCUUCGUCAAGGGCGCGGUGCUCUUCGGCCAGCAGAUCAACGGCGGCGCUUCGUUCAACCCCGACCUCGUGUACGAGCAGGGCCGCGUGACCGGCAGGGACACGGAGGCGUCGGGUGUGCCAUGGAUCUUCAGUCCCAUCCUCGGCAUCUCGCGCAACCCGCUCUGGCCGCGCACGUUCGAGACAUUCGGCGAGGACCCGCACCUCAACUCGGUCAUGGGUGAGGCCAUCAUUCGCGGAAUGCAGAGCAACAACAACACAGCUGCCUGCAUGAAGCACUGGCUGGUGUACACCAAGACCCCCACGGGCCACGACAAGGACGCGGUCCAGGUGAGUGACUACGACAUGCUGACCUACUUCCUGCCCCCGUUCAAGGCCGCCGUGGACGCUGGCAUGCUCAGCGCCAAGUCCGGUAUUGAGCAGGUCGUGGGCAACAACAGCUUCAGCUACUUCAACGGCCUGUACCCGAUCGGCACGUACUCGGAGGCGGACCUGGCCACGGCCAAGGAGAUGGCCAGCAAGGCCGAGUACACCAUCACUGUCAUUGGCGAGGAGACGUACGUGCUCAUGUCGACCGAAGCGUGA